AACAAAACGUCUCAUCGGCUUUUUCUUUGUUCCAAAAAGAACAAGAAGCGUCUCAUCUUCUCUUUCUCUUGAUUCCCCCCUUAGAGUUAUAUAAUUGGAAAGGAACUUUCCUCUCUUUCUCUCUCUAGAUUCUAGAGGGAGAAAGGCCCUCCCAUGGGGGAGAAGAAGAACAAGAUAGAAACCGGUAAAGAUGGCGUAUUCUACGAUACGACACCGCGCGAUGGUGUUGUGGAAGGUAUUCCUUUGUUCGCUAAAGAAUUGAUCGCCGGUGGUGUUGCUGGUGGUGUUGCUAAGACGAUUGUUGCUCCUCUUGAGCGUCUCAAGAUCUUAUUUCAGACUAGAAGCGAAUUUCACAAUAUAGGAUUGUUAGCAUCUUUUAGAAGGAUUGCAAAGACAGAAGGACUUCUUGGGUUUUACAGAGGGAAUGGAGCUAGUGUUGCCAGAAUCGUUCCUUAUGCCGCAUUACAUUAUAUGGCAUAUGAACAAUAUAGAAGGCAUAUCGACUACAAUUUUCCUGCCAUGGGAAGCAGCCCGGUUAUUGAUCUGUUAGCAGGAUCAUUAUCUGGAGGAACUGCUGUUCUUUUUACCUAUCCGCUUGAUUUAGUUAGAACUAAAUUGGCUUAUCAGGUUGUGGACACUCCCAAAUUGAACGGAAAAGGAGCCAUGACAAGCGAACAUGUAUAUAAAGGAAUUAAGGAUUGCUUUUCAAAGACUUAUAGAGAGGCUGGGAUGAGAGGCCUUUACCGUGGCGUGGCUCCAUCACUCUUCGGAAUCUUUCCUUACUCGGGUUUGAAGUUUUACUUCUAUGAGGAAAUGAAAAGCCGUGUCCCUGAUGAUUACAGAAAGAACAUAAUGGUCAAACUUGCUUGUGGAUCUGUUGCUGGUUUACUUGGUCAGACUUUCACAUACCCUUUGGAUGUUGUUAGACGUCAAAUGCAGGUUCAGCGGCUACAGGCUUCCACCAGCUUACAAGUGAAAGGAACAAUGGGAACUCUUGUUAUGAUUGUCCAAAAAGAAGGAUGGAAACAAUUGUUUUCAGGACUGAGCAUCAACUACCUGAAGGUCGUGCCAUCAGUCGCAAUUGGAUUUACUGUCUAUGAUGUCAUGAAAGCGUACCUCAGGGUCCCACCACGAGAUAAAGCUAUUGUUGAAGUGGCCACAAAUCGAAGAGAUAGCCAAACAUCAACCUUGCCCUCAUCACAAUCUGCCUCAUAAAAUUCCAACAUAAUCUGGUAUUCUUUUUCUCAUUAGUAAUCAAGCCAUUUAACAAUUGUACAUUUGAUUCUUCUGUGAUAUAGCCUAGGUUUUCUAUUGCAGCGUAUAGAUACAAGUAUCCCUCUGCAAUAAUUGCUUAGAUUGAGAAUAAUGCAGGGCAUAUGUUACAUAUCGAGAUCCAAACAGUGUACAUAAAAAUAAGAUCUGUAACAUGCAUUUUUGAUCCAAAGAAAGUGAGAAUCA